AUGAUGAAGGAACCCGUCUCAAAGAUCGAGUUGGCUGAAUUCCCUUUUGGUAAAGACAGAAGGUAAUAGUUACUUAAAACAAUCAACACAACGUGUUUCUAGCAUUAUGAGAUACCGUUUUUUGCAGUUCUUUCGUUAUAUUUUAUCGAAUUCAUUUUUCUUGGGUUAGUUUUUAAGAUUGUGACUUGAAAAUUGUUACGUACGUCUGAAUGAUAUUUUUUGUGUUACACAUGAUUAUUUAUUCUUGCUUUUUUUAUUAAAAUUUUAAAAAAUUUUAAAAAAUAACCAAAAAUAAUAAAAUGUACGUUAUUGAACGUACUAUGGCGUAAUAAUGUGUGGCUUAAAUCCGGAUUCUCUCCCAUUUUUUGUUAUGUAAAAAUAAGUUGUCACGUAAACCAUUUAUUAGGUAAAUCUGGGUAAGAGAUUUAAAGGGUGUAAUUACACCUGUCCUGCAAACGUUAACAAGAUUCCAAACAAAAAAAUGUCCUUUUUUAAUAGCAGGUUCCCCUGAAUUGCCGUGGCAACAAACCCUUCCAUUAGUGAAAUAUCUAGAACAUAAUUUAUGCCGGUGUUCAAGAUUAAUGUAUGAGCAUGAAGCGCGAUAUGACUUAUGACCCGCCGACGGUUUCAUUUACGUCUGUCUGACUAUACGUAAAUUGGUUUCUUUUCCAGAGAUGAAGUUGUUCUGUUGCUUUUGUAGAAGUGGAAAAGAUUCGGAUGCUUACGAGGUGCUGGAAGGGCCUUAUGGCGCUUUGGAAGCGCAAAUCACGUCCCUCGUAUUGGACGAGCAUUAUUACUAUCUCGGACUGUCUGGGUCAACGCUAGAUGUACGAAAACCUUCAUUACUUUCGCUGUCGCUGGAAAUUUUAUUUUCUAAUCAAGACGCAAUUUUAGGGACUGGUUCUUGAACGCCAAGCGCUGAAGCACAAGGUUUACGUCGAGCUGAUGGAAGGAAAGUUGGAAGAAGAACUUCUCACACUUAAAUAUCGCCCCGAAUUUUACUUGUUCUGCGUUGAUGUUAUGUAUCAGAAUGGUCUACCGGUCAACAAACAGAUAGUUGAAAAUCUUCGGAAAACGUGCAAGAAAAUACCCAGUGAACAGAUCGAACAAAUUCUAAGUUGCCUGGAUCGAGUAGAAGGAAAGUCAGAGAAGGACAAGGCGGAAGAGAUCGGAAUCGAGUUUAUCAGUUGUGACCGCUAA